UCGGCCGAGCGUUCGAUCUCCUCGGGGUGCCCCAGGAGAGCACGGCGAAUUUCCCAAGAAUUUGGGAACGACAAUCAGCCAAACUGUGGUGGCCAUCGUACGAGUUGUUGAGCCGAUCGAGCAAGACGGAAGCUCGCUAUCAGGCGCCGUCCUUGGAGCGUGCCUGGAGCAACGCACAGGAACGCGCCAGGUUCUUCUGGAGCCUCCAGUCGCUGGCCGCUACAGGCAGCCGCGGCGGAUUCUUCCUGCCACCGAGCAACAACAUCAACAGCAAGUCUUGGCUCGCGGAUACAAUCGGCGCCGACGAGGCACGUUCCUCCAUCACCACGUAUUUUCAUUCGUACCCGUUCGUCCCGGGUGGUGCGGUGUCCCUGCCUCCGCCCCUCUUGAACAGUAUAAACAACGCGGCGGCAGCAGCGAUCACCCCCGGCCUCGUUGGACAUCUAUUCGGCGGCCAGCAAGCCUGCAACCUAGCCUGCAGCUGCACCUGCACGAACCUAGGGAACUGCAAUCCGCACCACCAUCAACACCAUCACCAUCAUCAGCAGCAGCACCAUCAUCAGCAGCAGCAGCAACAACAUCACCACCGACCCAUCGGUGCCACGGUCCUCCUGCAACCGGUUGAACACAUCAAAGACACUAUGGUGAGUGUCUCGGAAUUCCAUGACGCUCGGGGGAUAACCGCGUCCCUAACUCUGAGGGGCAGCGACGAGCUUCUGUCGCAGAGCGGAGCGGUCAGCAAUGGUGCUGCGAUGAGCCCACAGCCACAUCACGCGGCCGAUAACAACAAUGAUGCCAAGAAGGUUAAACUUGACAAGAGCCACAACAGCAAACCUUCGAGAGUUAUCCAUAUCAGAAAUAUCCCCAACGAGGUGUCAGUGGGUGAAAUCGUCCAUCUUGGUGCACCCUUCGGUCGCGUUACUAACGUCCUCGUUCUCAAAGGCAAGAAUCAGGCGUUUUUGGAAAUGGCGGAUGAGAAUGUUGCAACAGCGAUGGUGGCUUACUACGCCACUUGCAUCGCCCAGCUCCGCGGCAGAAUAGUCUACGUUCAGUUCAGCAACCAUCGGGAGCUCAAAACGGAUCAAACGUACGCCAACAACGCGAACUCGAACAACCAAGUUGCGAUUCCUGGACAGAAUCAGGUGGCCCAAACACAGGCGGAGACCCAAGGGGGGCCCAAUACAGUUCUCAGAGUCAUUGUUGAACAGAUGGUAUACCCUAUUUCUCUGGACGUGCUCUAUCAGAUAUUCACACGGUUCGGCAAGGUCCUGAAGAUCGUCACAUUCACCAAGAACAGUACCUUCCAGGCACUAAUACAAUACGCGGACAUGUUGUCAGCGCAGACUGCUAAACUCGUGAUCUGUUGAAACUUUUUAUUUAUCUACAAUUGCUGCUGCACGUUACGCAUCGACUACAGCAAGAUGCAGAACCUGAACGUGAAGUACAAUAACGACAAGUCGCGGGACUACACGAAUCCCACUCUUCCCACGGGCGACGCGAACCUGGACGCAGCCUCGCUGGCUCUAGGUGGCGAGCUACUUCCGCAACUGCUGAUGGGUGGUGGAUCCCAACCACGUGCUAGAAUACCUGUAGAGUCCAUUGCAGGGGCACCGGGUGUGCUGCCCACGCCCUUUGCGGCGAUGCACGGUCUACCCUCGCCCCUAGCGGGUCCUUACAACGGAGUGCCCUCUGCCGGAGGAUUGGUCGGACUGGGCGGUUUCCCGCUUGGCGCUGCGGGCCUUGGCGUCCGUGUGCCGCCCAACGCGCAGGCCUCCGCGGUGUUGUUGGUCAGCAACCUGAACGAAGAGAUGGUCACGCCUGACGCUCUCUUUACCCUGUUUGGCGUUUACGGGGAUGUACAGCGUGUGAAGAUUCUCUACAACAAGAAGGACUCGGCACUGAUUCAGAUGGCCGAACCACACCAGGCACACUUGGCACUGACACACAUGGACAAACUGAGAGUGUUUGGGAAGCAGAUCAAAGUGAUGCUCAGCAAGCAUCAAACUGUUCAGUUGCCGAAGGAGGGUCAGCCAGAUACAGGUCUCACAAAGGACUACACCAACAGUCCUCUUCACCGAUUCAAGAAACCGGGAUCGAAGAAUUAUCAGAACAUCUAUCCACCCAGUUCGACUUUGCAUUUAUCCAAUAUUCCUAAUACUGUAACCGACGAGGAAAUCAGGGACGCUUUCACCAAGAACGGCUUCACCGUGAAGGAUUUCAAGUUCUUCCCCAAGGAUAGGAAAAUGGCCCUCAUACAGAUGCCUAGUAUGGACGAUGCUGUUGCUGCCCUGAUCAAAAUGCACAACUACCAGCUGAGCGAAUCCAACCACCUAAGAGUAUCGUUCUCUAAAAGCAUCAUCUAACAAGAAUCAGAAUCAAUCGAUCGGCAGUGGUACCAGCCCUACGCCCUAGUCCCCUUUUGGUCACCCGGCUCAGCGUAUGACUGCGAAUGAUCCGCGCGAUGGGCCCAGUCAGUCGUUUAUACGUUCCUGCAAGGGCAUCAACAUUAUUGACUGGCCGCCAUUAAAUAGUGUUUGGCUCAACAGCAAAAAAACAAAAAAAAAAGAAAUGAAAAGAAACAAAGCAGCUUGAAGGGGAGGGAACCACCUUCGACACAUGAGAGGAAGCCUAGCCUUCUUGUCCCCCAAUUGGGCAACCUCUGGUGGUCCAAGGACUCGUACUUCCGGUCAUCUGGGGGGGAGUACACAACUGUCCUGUCCAAUUUCGAUAAAUUUUUGUUCUCAAUUUUUCAUCCAAUAGAGACGCUAAGGGGUUCACGCCUCUCACACUCUGGGACCGCAAAAAAGGAUUAGGGUUGCGAAUACAGAAGAACCGCGAGCGCGCGAAGUUAGGGGGUCCGAGUUCGUUGUGAUCGAAACAGUUAAAAUCUGCGACUCGUUACGGUUAAGGGGACCGGUGCUGGUUUUCCAGAACAACGCGAUAAUGAAUUUCCUUAAGAGAGAAAGAGAGAGAGAGAGAGGGAGAGAGAGAGAGAGAGAGAGAGACAGAGGGAGAAAGAUAGGAAACACACGACUAGAUUUCUUCGAAAGCCAGGACCGUUCAGAGAGAAAGAGAGAAGUGAAAUAGGGGACGCGUAUAUCUCCCGUGUAGACGAAAAGAGAACGCACGAGUAGUCUGA